GGGAGACGAAGAUACCACUUAACCUUGGUCGAAGUCGGUGUCAUUACAUUACAAUAAUAAAUAAUAAUAAAUAUACAAACAUUUCAUAAAUAUUUAAAAGUGAUGGCUUUUGUAAAUAAUUUUGGUAACUCAGACCGAACUUCAGGAAAAUAUAAACAAAAACUAGCUCUACUGAAGCAAAUGAUCAGAGAGUACGUCCAUGAAAACGCUGCAUUAGUUGACGAACUUGAAGAAGUUCACAUGAAUAUUAUAGUGAGGAAAGAAGAACGUAAAUUCCUUUUGAGAAAGCUUUGUGAGUAUGAACCUCAAGUAGCCCUAGAAGUUCAGAAUGCUGCAAAAGAUGGACCUGGUUCACGGCUAGGCUCUUCACAUCCUACAUUGCCUUCAAAUAUCGUCAUUGAAAAUAGAAAGAAUAAAAGAAAGAAUCAUGGUGAUUCAUCAGAGCGGAAAUCUUCACUGCUCAAAACCAGAAAGAAUACAUCCAAAGGUAGAAAAAAAAUUGUCCAACCUGUGCCAAUUGACCACACUGGAAAACCUAUAUUUCCAAUUGAAUUAGGUCGCCUGACUAUCCAUUCACUUGGAGAGGUUAUAUCAGAUAGAGUUGAUUUUCAUACUGAACAUGCCAUUUACCCAGUGGGAUAUGUGUCAACUAGGAUAUAUGGUAGCCUCAAGGACCCUACACAGAAAUGUAUUUACACUUGUAAAAUUUCAGAAGUCAGUGAUGCACCAAGGUUCGAAAUUGGUUCAGAUGACAACUGCCCACCAAUUACUGGCGACACUCCUGACGUAUGUCAUUCGUUACUCUUACAGGGUAUCAAUGAUUCGCUCUCUCUAAACGUCGUUAGUACGAGACCACGUGGAAACGAAUUCUUCGGCCUGACACAUCCCACCGUAUUGCAUCUGAUACAGAGUUGUUCUGGAGCUAGAAAGUGUGUUUAUUAUAAAUGGACAAAGUUCGAGGUUUCGAAAAAUUUCGAUGCCUACACCGAAGAUAAUGAUGCAGGUCUCAGCUAUGAGUAUUUGCAGAGGAGUAUUAGUUUUUGUAAAUAUAAGAUGGCGCCUGAUGUACUUCAGAAGCCUGAUGAGUUUGUGGAUUCAAAAGAAGGUAUUGUAUUGUAUUAAGAUUAUUUGAAUAAAUCAAUGGCAAAUUUAGUUUCAUUUGCCUACUACUAUAUGUACAGUCGCAUUGAAAAAAAAGCGUACAAGUAUAUUACAGAGAGAAAUUAACGUCAUCCUAUUCUGCAUAAAACGGGCUAUCGGGAAUGAUUGUUCACCAAAUGUUGACAGUAAAGUUGUCAUAGGUUCUCGAAAACACAAAACAUUGGCUGAACCAGCUUAACACAACUAGAAGUAGGAUCCCAGAAUCCUCUCUCUUUAAUACUUGUACGCUUUUUUAUUGAAUACAACUGUACUACUAUAUUAUGGAUCUUUUUUUAUUUAGGGUGUAAUCUGUAGUUGCUAAUGUUUCAAAAACGGUAGAAAGUUUUGAUUGUUCAAGGCCAAAUUUUGUUAUUAUAGAGAUAGUUUGUAUCAAGGUGAUUUUCAAAUUUCUAUUUAUGUGGAAGAAAGAGAAAAAGGGCCAUACAGUGUAAAGAGAAGAGUGAUCAUUUUAAAGCUAUUUAUUGUAGGUACAUUUGAGAAGGGCCAUAUACAGUGUGAAGAGCAUACCACCCCUGCUUAAUCUUAAUUUUAAAUUGAUCUUCAUGAAGUUCAAUCCAAUAGGCUGACAUUCUUAGUUAAAUCAUGAAAAAGUUUAAACAUUUAUUGAAAAAUGAAAUAUUCCCGAAAUCGUAAUAUUUUUUGAAUUCAUCAUUUUUUGUUUUCAAGUUUAAAGAAUUAUUGACACUUGAUAUGACGCCAGUACCACCACCUUCUUGGCUUUCCUUACAUAUGUUAUUAACUUUCAUCCACUGUUUCUGGAUAUUUGACACAUCUCAUUUUAUUUUUUACCCUCUUCCCCUACAGCAGUUUCAUGUAGCAACUUGGUUUAUUGAUAAUGUUCUCAAUAUACAAGCAGAUUUAGAGAAUUAUAACCUGAUUCAUG